UUUGAAUUAACAACUGGCGCUAAUAAUUAUCAUAAAUACAACAUUAAAUUGUAGUUAACGACGCCUUAAAUUUCGCGCCAUAAUUUUAAUUGGCGGAGAAGUCGUCCCCAAGCGUUCACGGCUUCUAUGCGCACGAACGAACGCGCAGAACAAUGAGGUAGCAGCCAUUUUAUGUCGGUGUCUAAGAAAAACAUAAUUCGAAUGGCCAAUCUUAACGAAAUUGUGUAAUUAGUGUUAUAAUUUAUGUGAUUCUGUAUACACUACUAUACUUAGGUGUUUCUUUACUUAUGUGGCAGAAGUUGAAAAUGGGGGAGCAAAGAGGUCGCCAUUAGUUUCCCAGCACAUUGGGGCGUAGGCGUCGGGGGUGUGGCACGGGGCGUGGGGGUCCCCGUGCCACCCCCUGGCGACCUACUCGCCACUAUCUCCAUGUUCGAACAGCAAAUCAAAGCUGAACCUAUGAGUUUUUACACAUCUCACCCACACGUACAUACCGGUCCCCCAACAAUAAUACGUUCAGAUUCAAGUCAUGCAUCAAUUAUUUCAAUGAACCAACAUCACCAAGCACACCAAGAGGAUUCUAAAGAUAGCCUCAUAGUACAACAGCAAGUACAACAUCAGCAAGAUCUCAUGGAACAACACCAACAACAACAAGAAAUGCAACAAGACGAUGAGUUGAGCUUUAAAGGCAUGGAAGAUGAAGGAGUUGAUAUGGACAUGGACGGACGACAGUGCCCUCAGGGUAUGGGGGUGGACAUGGGAUCAGUUCAAACUAAAAUGGAAGUGGCAAAUGGUGGUCAAUCGACACCACGGUCUAAACCUCAGGCCUGUAAGGUCUGUGGCAAAGUACUGUCGUCAGCUUCAUCUUACUAUGUUCACAUGAAGCUGCACUCAGGCAACAAACCCUUUCAGUGCACAGUUUGCGACGCAGCUUUUUGCCGUAAGCCCUACCUAGAAGUGCAUAUGCGCACACAUACAGGCGAGCGCCCCUUCCAGUGUGAUCUCUGCCUCAAACGAUUCACGCAGAAAUCCAGUCUCAACACGCACAAACGUGUUCAUACAGAGGAGCACAGACGAGCCCUGUUAGAGAAAGUGCGGCCGUACCAGUGCCACAUCUGUUUUAUGCGCUUCACUCAGAAGUCCAGCCUGGGACGACAUGGGAAAAUACACACUGAGGAGCACAUCCAAUCGCUGAUCAACAAAGUGCGCCCCUAUCAAUGCGACAUCUGUGACAAGCGGUUCACUCAGAAGUCCAGCCUUGGCACUCAUAAACGUAUACACACCGGGGAGCGGCCGUUCCAGUGCACCGUCUGCCUCAAGUCCUUCACGCAGAAGUGCGCGCUCAAUUUGCACGAAAAAAUACAUACGGUCCAGGGCAGACCGUUCCAGUGCCUGUCGUGCCCCGCCGCCUUCACCUGCAAGCAAUACCUGGAGAUACACACGCGCACGCACACCGGCGAGCGGCCCUAUCAGUGCGACAUCUGCCUGAAGCGCUUCACACAGAAAUCCAGUCUCAACAUCCACAAGCGGACGCAUUCAGUGCAGGGCCGGCCCUUCCAGUGCCUGCAGUGCCCCGCCGCCUUCACCUGCAAGCAGUACCUCGAGAUCCACAACCGCACGCACACCGGCGAGCGGCCCUACCAGUGUGACGUAUGCCUCAAGAGAUUCGCGCAAAAAUCUACACUCAAUAUACACAAACGAACGCACACAGGUGAACGUCCGUAUGCUUGUGAUAUUUGCCAAAAGCGCUUUGCUGUGAAGAGCUAUGUAACUGCGCACAGAUGGUCGCAUGUAGCCGACAAGCCGCUGAACUGCGACCGUUGCUCGAUGUCGUUUACAUCGAAGUCUCAGUUCGCUUUGCACAUCCGCACGCACUCUACCGGCUCCUGCUACGAGUGCAGUGUCUGCGGCCGCUCCUUCGUUCGAGACAGCUAUCUGAUAAGACACCACAACCGUGUCCAUCGCGAGAAUCAUAGCAAUGUGUCGGCUAACAGUAUCGGCACCAUCAACAGUGUUGCUACCAACACCAACAACUCUAACAACAGCAACUUUGAUUCCCCCGGCGUUUGUGACUUAAGCUUUGUACCAAUGGUAAAUCGCUACAUGACAUCUCAAGGAACUCAAGUCUCCAUGCAAGAUACGAGCAAAAUGUCUGCGAUGUCGCCCCAGUCUAUUGCAUCUAUUUCGUCACCUCCUCCUUCGCAUACACCAACGCCGCAGCCCCAGAUGUCCGGUCAAAUGCAUCUUGCAGAUUGAUCACCAGUUUUAGCUCUUGGUUGAGCAGGACGCAGCCAGAGUGCAAUAAUAUAUAUUUGGCAGCCAUCAACAAGAGCAGCUAUCAUUCAGAAUGAUAUAAUUGAGCGCAGAGGAGACAGGCAGCUCCUCGCUAGGAUCGUCAGCAUGGACUCAUGCACUUUUAUUUGUUUAUUAUAUUUGGAGUUAUUUAUUUAUACACUGUUGAUUUCGUCGGGCGUGGUAUGAGCGCCAGCAAGGCUGCGCUGUUGGAUUGUAUCCGCGUGUGGGAGGUGGCAGAGAGGAAUCGAGUUGGUUUCGUUACGCUUGUGGAAUCCCUCGACAACACCAGGUGGACAUCACAAUAGAGACGAGGAUGUAGUGAGUAGUCACGUAGCGGUACCGCCUAUGAUAAUAUAUGCAUUGUGAUUUAUACCUACAACUGUGAUUUAUACCUACCAUCACAUGAUUAUAUUAAUUUCCGUGGUGGCGUCUAUAAAUCAAUACUUAAAAGUCUCAUCAUGAUAGAUUGUAGGCCUAAAAUUUUUGAUCUCAUAUUCUAAUUUGCUUAGUGAUAAAUUUUGGAAUCGUAAAUGGUAAAUCUCCAACUUAAAAAUUCUAAAUUUUAAUGUUCGUCAUUCGCUUGUCAUCGUCAUACCCAUCCUUCAUUAGUCGUAGUGAAAUGUAACAAUAUCUUAUUGCGAUGCUUUAACUUAGAACGUGUCAGUGUAUAUGGAAGUUCAGUAAUUUUAUAUAGAACUGUUACUGGUGAGUGGUAAAGUAUUUUGAUCGCUGAAGAAAUAUAAGGGACUCUAGAUAAUACUCCUCAAGAUUAAUCCAUAAGAAUACUAUAAAUAAAAAUCAGGUUUCAUAUAAAAAUAAUAAUAAUAGUAAAUAAGAAGUACAAAUAAUAAUUCCAUAAACUAGCAGAGUCCUGAGAGGCAAUAUUGAAAGCUUCACAAAAUUAAUAACUUUUAAUAUGAUGUUUAUUGGAGAAAUCCAGAGAAGUGCCUGUUGCAACAUAAAAUUGGCAAUAUUUUUUAAACGUAUUACGUUCAGAAUAAUGUUAUGUUCAGUGUUCAAUGUGAGAGGACAUCGGCCGGAGUACGCUUUAGUGUGUCUUACAGAAUAAGUGAGUUCUGGGUGUUAGUAUUCGUCUCGUGCGUCGUGGUUAAAGAGGCCGACUGGCCGUUACAUAAACAAAGAGCAUAAUUUGUGAAGCUUCUUACUAAACUUUGUGUGCCUUCUAGCGGUUAGCGACAUUAGGCAAUAUCAAUCAUAACACCAUCGAUAAACUUCAUUUUAUAUUUCCGAUGAGAUUGAAUAUUCAUAUAAAGUGUAGUCAUCAUAAAACAUUGUUACAUAAUUAUUUACCCAUUUAGGAUAUCGCAAUAUACAUACAUAUAUACAAACAAACGUAUUUUGGCAAGAAGCAGAACUUUAUUUCAUUACUGUUUUUCGAAUAAUAGUAAUAAUGAAUAGUGUAUAGUGCAGUAGUCUUCCAAUACCUUGAGACAGUUCUUGCGCACCGAGCUGUGCAGCUAAAGUGUCCGCUGCGGGGGUUCCUUAUGGUUUGCCAUUAUUGAUAUCAAAGAUAGAUUGGUGCCAUUUCUAUGUAAAUGAUGUGGUAGUGUAAGUUUAGUUAAGUCUGCAGGUCAGGGUAGAACUGGAAAUAAAAUAUUGUAAGAGCUCUAAUAUGUAAUACAUAGUGUUAAACCGACAUUUAUACCUAUUGUUUUACAACUUCCCGUGUUGUUAUUUUGAUACAUUAUUUUAUUUCCAUGUGUGUGUCCAUGUGCUGGUUCAGCAAAUGUAAAUAUUGGUAGUGUUUAUUUAUUCAAGUAUAUCGAGGAAACAUUCAAAAUUAUAAUAUGUGUAUGAUUUGUAGGAAUGUCUCAUUCUACAGUCAUACCGAAUAUCGAACUGAGAAUAUAAUUGGAAUUAAUGUUAGACUUAGCGCAGAACUAUACUUUGGGUACUAUAAAGAUCAAAAUUUCUUGUAGAUGUACAUAAGUAUACAUAUAAUAAUAAUAUAUACAUAUGAAUGUUGUUUGAUAGUCCUCAAUAUUUUUUUAUAUUUUGAUAGUUCUGUAUUUGAAAGAGACACGAAAAAAAUAGGCCAAUAUCUCAUUAUCAUUUUAAAAUAAACGUGUACACCGUAUGUUAAGGUAUAAAGUAAAGUAAUAUGAGGAUGCAUUUAGUUGCCCACAAAUUUUAAGAGUUACAUCUCAACUUUUCCGUAUAUUAAUAAAAUCUUAACGUCUUUAGUAAGUUUCUUACCAAGCCAUUGAUAACAGUAUUAUUUAGACAAACUAGAACUUGGGUUUAAAGAGUAGUAUAAAUCUUUCAGCUACCAUUAUAAAAUGAUCACCAUUGAAAUUUUAAAACCAUAGUUAUCAAUAGUUUGUAUGUAACAGCAUUGAUAGGGACAACACGUAUUAGGUGCCUUUCAAUGCUGUAUACCUUAUAUAAUUAUAUUAUCCAUAGAUAUUAUGAAUGGAAAUAGAAACACCAACAUAGUGACCUAGGUACAUAAAUACAUGUAUAAAUAUAUAGAUGUCUCUCAGCUCCCCGAUCUCUUGCCGAGGGUGAUUGUUUCUUUUUGAAUUCUAGGAUUAGUAAUAUAUUUUUGUUAUUAUUAUUAUAUGUUCACUGUCUUUAUGAUUGUUUUAUCUUUAUUACAUUGCCCUAUCGUUGCUUCACCCUCGCCGAGUGAAUAGGUGCGCUGGGGGCACGCGGUCCGUGUUCAUUACGAAAUAUGCUCUCACUUCUUAAUCUUUCACACAGAGUAUAAUUCAUAUAUUUAUAUUGAUAAGAGGAAUAUCUUUACUCGGUGAAUAUAUUUCGUAAUAAAUAAGGUUCACGAAAUGACAGUGAAGGCCACAGGCUGCUCCUUGAUUUUUAAGAGCUGCUAAGUAUACGUUGAACUCGCAACCUGUGUGCCUUCAUUGUGUAACUAUUUUACAUACCGAUGUUAGUUAACCUAUAUUAAGAAGUGCAUAUUGAAACCCUUGAAUUUACGUAAUUACAAAAGAGGUGGUAUGAUUUUUUUCUUCGUCUACUUUUUUUUGAACCGUAGAAAAGACUGAGGAAUUCACAACGUUAAAAAGAAUACUCACGUGAAAUAUAUUGGCAGUGUUAGAUUGUGUUGUUGUUAUUUUGUUGUUAACAUCAGAGCGGUUGUGGUUGAUGGACCAACCAGUGUCUUUGUAAGCCGUUAUUGAAUUUUGGUUAAAGAAAUCGUACAUAUCCUUCCCCGUGAAUGUAUAACGUAUAGUUCCCUCGUCGAGGCAGACUACUAGUCUAGGGGGCCGCGUGCCGCCGACCAGUUACACUAAACUUGAUCGUGGUAGUUUUAUGAAAUAACAGUGAGCCUUGUGUAAUCAUAAUGUCUAAGGUACAUAAAUAUUUAGUUCUAUUGUAUCGUUAGAUUUACGUGAACUUCCGCUUUGCCAACAUAUUGCGUUGCUUACAUUAUAUUCAUACGAGAGUACAGCCUAAGGAUUUUAACUUUUUUUAUAUACUGAGAGCUAUUUCUAAGUCACUGAUUUUAUACAAUUUCUAAUUAUACGCUAAACAAAAAUAAACGGCUAAAAGCCACACUUUACCAAGUUUUGGAGUAUUUUACAUCCCUUUGAGUGCAAUUUUUAUUAAAAUUCAAUACAAACAUCAUGGCAUGAUGAUAAUUUGUGCGGUCAUUUAGUUAUAGCUCUUCAGAGUUUUGAUGACCAAUAUUUUAACUACUACCGUUUUUUCUUUAUUGUUAAAAUUUUUAGGCUAGUUUAUAUUUGAAAUAAGUUAGAUUUGUUAAUUGUGGUGUAUUACAUUUACAUUGCACGUGAUUAUAGCUCUCACAGCCUCCUUUACAGGUGAUUAUUUAGUUAUUUUGUAGUCUGAAAUGAUUGUGAUAAAUUUAUUAUUAUAAUUAUAUUGGUUUGUUUUUAGAGCUGGAGUCUUUCAUAUUGUUUGUUGUUGAUACUUUGAGUAUACAAUCUGCGAGGUGUAGCGGUAGACGGUAGGGAGAGGCUGUUAGAGCGUUUAUGUAGUCAGCAUUAUAUAUAUGCUUUAAUGUGAUUUUUUAAAUGUACUCUUUAUUAUAGUCUCAUCAUUCAAUAUUAUAAUUAGCGAACUAACAAAACUUUUAAUUUUUUUCAGUUCAUAGUGAUUUAUAUUGAGAUCAAAAUAAAUACAGAGUUUAUAUUUUAAUUUUAUGGAAAAAAUAUACAUUGUAAAAUUAUUGUUUAGUGCUCAUUUUGCAGAGCUCUAAUAAAAAAAUGAAACUAUAUGAAUGCAAAAUAACAAGUCACGAUUCUUUUAGAAGUCGCCAUGUAGUGGAAAAAAAUAAACGUGCCAUGAUAUUUGUGGCUAUUUAUUUGUUUAUUUUCAAUUCCCGCUUUUAUUUUAACCUUAUAUUUGUAAGUACUAUUAAUUCUAAAUGUUCUAUGAAAAGUGAAG